AUGACUAAGAACUGUACUUCUUUUAUUAACGAUAGAGGAUAUAUAACACACCAUCUGACGGAAGAAGAGAGAAACUUUCCAAUUGCAUACAGCAUUCUUAUGUAUAAAAAUGCAGAACAAGCUGAACGACUUUUACGCGCAAUAUACAGACCACAAAAUAUUUAUUGUAUACAUGUGGAUUCUAAGACAGAUGAAACAAUUUAUAAAGCAAUGUCAAGAAUCGCAAACUGUUUUCAAAACGUUUUCUUAUUAAACAAAAGAAUCAAUGUUACAUGGGGUGAAAUAUCCGUAUUGGAACCCGAACUUUUAUGUAUGGAAGAGUUAUGGGCGAGAAACAAAAAAUGGAAAUAUUUCAUAAAUUUGACAGGGCAAGAAUUUCCACUGAAAACCAAUUAUGAACUAGUGCAGAUUUUAAAGACAUACAAUGGGUCCAAUGACGUAGAAGCGACCGUAGUACAAUUUACAGACAGAUGUUUACCAAAGAAUGAAACAUUACCACCGCAUGAAAUUAAAGUUACAAAAGGGGCCGUCCAUAUAGCAGUUGCCCGAGGCUUCGUCGAUUAUAUUUUACAUGACCAAAGAGCACAUGACAUUUUGGAUUAUGUGAACACAUCUUGCAAGAUACCUGACGAGGCAUAUUUCACAAUAUUAAAUCAUAACCGACAUCUAGGUGUCCCUGGCUCUUAUAAAGGAUUCCCGGAAACGACUAAGAUGUCAGACAGAAGGAAGCCUUACCUAGCGCGUUUCAAAAACAGAUAUAAAUCAAAAAUACAUGAGUGGAUUUGUCAUGGAAAAUGGGUCAGAGGCAUGUGUAUCUUUGCAAUUAAAGAUCUGCCGCUUCUGUCGACAAGGAAAGAGCUCUUUGCAAAUAAGUUUCAUUUAGAAGAGCAACCUUUGACCUACGGGUGUCUUGAAGAGUUGAUAUUCAAUCGCACACGUGACGAAUACCAAGGACAACGAACGUUUGAUACCAGCUGGUACUCAAAUUUAGGAUUUGUUUUGGCCGAAUUUAAAGUAGACUAAUUACAUUUACAUUGUUGUAUCAAUUUUAUUGCCUAUUCCACUUAGCUAAAGACAUACUAUUGUGAUACUUAGAAAUUGA